AUGAAGUUUGUUCCGCUGCUGCUUGUAGCUGUUUGGUUGAGCUGUCACAGCUGCAGCUCCACUUGGUCUUCUCCGUCAUGUUCUUCUCCUCCUUCACGGUGGUGCUCCUCCCUGGACUCCGCUAUUCGCUGUGGGGUUGUGAAGCAGUGCCUUGAGUCCAACUUCACUAAGUCCCGUAUGACCGAUGACACCGUAAAGGUUGAACUCUACUAUGAGAGUCUGUGCGGUGGCUGCAGGGGUUUCCUCGCCGGUAUGCUCUACCCCACCUUGGUUAUGCUGCAGGACAUCAUGACUGUCACUCUUGUGCCCUUUGGAAACGCUGUGGAAAAGCCUGAUGGAGCCAAGUACAUUUUUGAGUGUCAGCAUGGAGAAGAGGAAUGUCUGGGCAACAUGAUCGAGGCUUGUUUAUUGAACAUGUCACCUUCAGCGAUCGACAUUAUCUUCUGUAUGGAAUCUUCAAGUGAUGUCAUCAAAUCAGCAGAGAGUUGUUUCAACAUCUAUGAAACUGAAUUGAGCUGGGGUAAAAUCAUGAGCUGUGUGAACGGAGAUGCAGGAAACCAUCUGAUGCAUCUGAAUGCAGUGAAGACCAAUGCGUUAGACCCACCUCACGAAUAUGUGCCCUGGAUCACCAUAAAUGGGGAGCACACAGAAGAACUGCAGGACAAAGCCAUGGCUUCUCUCUUCACUUUGGUCUGCAACAUGUACAAGGGACCUAAACCUGGUGUCUGUGGAGGAGACAAGAGACAUUAUAAAAGCUACUGCCACAGAGAGUAG